AUGGGUUCCAACAAGAUCUGGCUGCGCGCUGAGACCAAGCCCGCCGAAGCGCGGUCUGCUUUGACUCCCACCACCUGCAAGGCUCUCAUUGAUGCUGGCUAUGAGGUGACAGUCGAGCGAUCUACUCAGCGUAUUUUCGACGAUGAGGAAUUCGCCAAGGUUGGCGCUCCUCUUGUCGAGGAAGGUUCCUGGGUCAAGGAUGCGCCCAAGGACGCAUACAUUUUGGGUCUCAAGGAGCUUCCUGAGGAUGACUUUCCUCUCGAGCACGUUCACAUCUCAUUUGCGCACUGCUACAAGGAGCAGGGCGGCUGGGAGAAGGUCCUGAGCCGGUGGCCUCGUGGUGGCGGUGUCCUCCUCGACCUGGAGUUCCUCACCGAUGAUGUCGGUCGCCGUGUUGCUGCCUUCGGUUUCUCCGCCGGAUAUGCUGGUGCCGCUCUGGCCGUCAAGAACUGGGCCUGGCAGUUGACGCAUCCCGAGGGCGAGCCUCUUGCUGGCGAAAAGCCUUACGCUAACCAAGAUCUUCUGAUUGAGUCCGUCAAGGCCUCACUCCAGGCGGGCCAGAAGCAGUCUGGAAAGUCCCCGAAAGUCCUGGUUAUUGGUGCUCUUGGACGCUGCGGUAAGGGUGCUGUGCAACUGGCCAAGGAUGUGGGCAUUCCCGAGUCCGACAUUAUUGAAUGGGAUAUGGAGGAGACCAAGAAGGGUGGUCCCUUCAAGGAGAUUGUCGAGGACGCCGAUAUCUUCGUCAACUGCAUUUACCUAUCUGCUAAAAUUCCUCAUUUCGUCAACGUUGAGAGCCUCUCAACGCCCAACCGUCGCUUGUCCGUCAUCUGCGAUGUGAGCGCUGACACCACCAACCCCAACAACCCUAUCCCUGUCUACAACAUCACCACCACUUUCGACAAGCCCACAGUCCCUGUCACUCUGCCCUCCGGCACCCAGGGCACACCUCUCAGCGUGAUCAGCAUCGAUCACCUCCCAUCGCUUCUUCCACGUGAGAGCUCCGAGAUGUUCAGUGAAGCGCUGAUGCCCAGCUUGCUUCAGCUGAAGGACCGUGAGAAUGCUCGCGUAUGGAAGCAGGCCGAGGACCUCUUCAACGAGAAGGUUGCCACUCUGCCCAAGACGGCGUAG